AUCAGCGAACGCCAGCAGCAGCUGAAUGAAGUGUUGCGAGACAUCUCAGGUCUGGAAACAGUCAUGGACAGUAUCAAAAAUCUUCGCCAGCAGCUCGUCGAAAAGAAGGACAAGAUCAUCAAGUCCAUGAUUGUGCACAAGGGACUCGUAUCAGCUCUUUGGCGCUUGCCAACUGAAGUCUUAUCCCGAAAUUUUCACUACUGCCAGUGUCUCCCGGAAAAGUACUUGCCGCCCGCUUCAAAGCUGGUCCCCAUGCUGCUGACGAGAAUAUGCCAGUCAUGGAGGGAGGUUGCUGUGGGUAUGCCCAGAUUAUGGAAUUCUAAGACUAUUACAAAGAGGCGCUUCUCUAUCGUAAGUCGGUAUACGAGGGAGGGUAUACGGUACAAUAAUUUCUAA